AUGACCAAUGUGGAUGGUGUUGUUGUACCUAAAUCGGAAGCACAAUGGACCGCAGAUGAUGAGAAAAAGUGGUCUCAUGAUUGGAAAGCAAGGAAUAUUCUUAUAUCCUCUUUAGGAGUUAAUGAUUAUUACCGUGUUUUCCACUGUACAACCGCUAAAGCUAUGUGGGACUCAUUGCAAUUUGCUUAUGAGGGCACAAAUGAGGUAAAACAAGCUAGAAGAAAUAUUCUGAACCAAGAUUUUGAACUUUUUCAUAUGAAGCAUGGUGAAACCAUUUCCGAUAUGCAAAAAUCUCAUCUUGUAAACCAUUUGAAUGCACUUGGGAAUGGAAACAGAAGGUCACCGCAAUCAAGGAAGCUAAUAAUCUCUUGA